CUUUUCUGAGCUUCAAGAGAGCGGUUGACGCGCUGCUCCUCAAAAUUUCGAUAAUUUGGAUUGACAGAUAAAGCGUAAAUAAAUUCGUUUUAUCGGUGUGAUUAUGAACAUUGUAUUAGUGAUGUGAUAUUUGGAGUGCUCGGAGUAGACUGUCGGAGUCGAGAUGUGGUCGGUGGUGCUUUGGACUAUUGUUUUGGGCCUGUCCCGCGGCGCGGAGGCGGGCGUGAUGGGUGACCAGUGCGACUGGAGUGGAAGUGGUCUCACCUCAACAACAGAGCGGGGGGUGACUCCAGUGUACCUCCGCUGCAGAGAAGGCAGCGUGUCGUGGGUGUACCCUCGCGGAGCCCUGCGGCUGCUGUUCAGGCCUUCGCUGCCGGCCGGCGAGCGCGAGUUCAGGGUCUGCGUGCGAGUCAUCAGGCGGCCCGACCCGCCCGACUUGUUUCAUGCAGAGCGGCUGAAUGAUACAGGAGUCGCCGAGCGCUUCCCGGCGCGUUUGUUCGUGGAAGGCACGCACAAGUUGGUUCCUCUGUACGCGCCCGACGACGGUGAUCCUAAGGAGUUACGAUGCUUCCGCAGCAGAAAAGGCCGAGCUGCUUUGUAUGUAGAGGCCGAACCAGAGGAAGGGACCAAGAGGCGCGAGGCUACCUUCAAGUACGAGGCCCGCCCGCUCGUAAGGAGGCACUACGACCCAGCCACGGCUGACUGCAGACCCUGCUCAGAAGCUGAAUUGGAGCUAGCUUUCUGCACCAGUGAUUUAGUGUCCCGAGGAGUGAUCGUGGGCAGCGAGCAGCGGGAAGACCUAGACACCACGCAGCUGACAGUUCGGCUGACCAAGCUGAUCCGGGCUACGGGGCGCGCGUCUGACGAACACAAGGACUCUGAUGACUUGGACGAUGACGGCGAAUACUUCAGGUACGAAGUAGACAACACUUUAGAGCGCAGCACGACGCGCAAGCGCACUAGACGGCGGGCGCGCGCGUUGCACGCGCACGUGCACGUAGGCGCAGCGUGCGGCGCGGCGGCCGGCGCCGGCGAGUUCCUGGUCAUGGCGCGGCGCCGUCUUGGCCGAUAUGCUCUUGUAUGCGCGCCGAGACUUCGCGAUUGGGAGGAGUUAGUGGCUCGGAGAACCGCUGAGGGCUCGUCGCAUUGCUUGCUGCAGCACUAGCGAGGUAUACAGCUGCUGAAAGGUCAGCUGAAUAUGCUCGCAGUGUGAACAACACAUCAGCUGAAAAUUGGUUAGCAACUGUUUGAGUGGCAUUCAAGGGACAGUGUGCGCGUUACGCCAUCGAAAGUUGGGCAGGUGUUCUUAUUUACGCAUGUCACACGUGACGUGCAUCAUACGUGCAACUUCGGUGCCAGAUUCAGCCCAAGAAGAACAAGUACCGUAUGCAUAUAGCUUAAUGAACACUAUAUUGCUAACAGCUGGGUCGUCGAUGUUACGCAAUAUUGUGGUAUCGCUCGUCAACGCAAGUUGCCGUUGCGUAUGCUAUAAGUCGAUGUGAUGUUAAUAUAUUAAGUUUUAAAAUAGUCUAUAAUCCCGCUGAGAAAUCGGCUGCUGGUCCCAUGAGUGUUCUGUGAAGUCUCCCAUUAUUGGGUUAGAAAUACAACUGUAUAAGCUAAAGACAUUUGUACUAAAACGGUCGUUUGCAGGCAUUCGAUGUGUACCUUUAGAUAAUGCAUUAGCUGCAGUUUUCCUUCUCAGGUAGUUAGACGGCUGGACCGGUAUUUUAAUGUGAUUGAUCCAAGAUUGUAAAGAGAAUUCUUUAAAAUUCUUCGAAAUGAAUUCACAAAAAUCAAACAAGGUUGGAUAGCUGGCUGACUCCUUGUGAUAGUGUAUGUAUUUAAGAUUUAAGCCGAAAUGCUUCAUGAAAACAAUUAGAGCUAAGUUAAUAGAUAAAAAUUCAGUCAGUGUUAUGUAACCAUUAAAUAAUGGUAGCAGAUUCUUGAUUUUGAAUAUUCCUAUUUUUUGUAUAAAAUACAUAACAUCAAAUUAGUAUUUGUAGCUUGCCAUGAAAUUGCUUGUCUUUAAUGCAAUAUGUACAGAAUCGUAGUUUUUAUCGAGAAAUUUUUAUAUUUUAUUGUAAAUCUAUAUGACAAAGUAUUGUGGUCCAGAGUGCCAAAAUCUAUAAAGAUCUUCAUAUAAGUAGAUAUAAGGUUGAUCUCAACUGUGUACAUAUUAUGUUAAGACCGCAAUGGUGAUUGAUAGCCAUAUUAGUUUAGUAUCAACAUUAAGCCAACAAUCUUACCUAAAUAUUCUGUAAGUAAUACCUAUAUUGAACAGUAUUACAUAAUAAUAUUUCAAAACAAAUAAUAUGGUAUAAACUAUACAUUGUAAUAAUAAAGUUUAUCAGAUUUGGUGCUACCGACCCACGAUGUCUUCUAUAAUGUGCUUCCAGAAAGAAAGUUUACAUAUAAAUGUUUAGUAAUAUAUUUUCAAUAUUAAAACUAGUAAUCUGUACUAUUUUAGAAAAAAAUGGCUGAAAGAAUUUAAAAAAAAAUCAAAUCAAAUAUUAUAUUGUUAUGAGGAUAUCUCAUUUUAUAACUAAGUGAUAGAGAACCUCAGAAUAUAAUAUAGUAUAUUUUAUUGUGAAUAUUUUAGUAAUAUAUUUGUACAAAGUUUAUUGAUAGUUGUCAAUAUGUGAUAUAGAAUACAACGAGUAUAUUAUAUUGUGAAAUGCCUAUUGUAUAUAACAUAGAUAUUUGACUUUUAUGGUGUUUAUAUAUAAAUAUACUGCCUAAUUAAAAUUGUUAAAUAAAAUAGUUACAAAACUUUAUCAUGGUGUAUGUUAUUUUUGAAUUUCUUGGUCCUUACAUUGAAAUAAUAAGAAAACGUCAUAUUAUAGCAGUUCAUUUAUUGAAAAAUCACAACUGAUACCACAUAGAAAAACUACUCGGCACGGUUUAACUCUUAACUAUACAUAAUAUCACAUAAACACUUUAUAAUUUGAUAGACUAUGUACAUAGAUUUCAUAGUUUUGGUACAAUGUGAACGUUUCAAUCACCAAGUGAUCACAACUAGAAUAAAUAAACGAAGAACAAAUAAAAUAAAUUAACAUUUCCUUAUGUCGGUGAUAAUAAAAAAGUAAAUAAACUUAUUUUAACAAUAAACUAAAGAAGAAAUUAACAAAAAAGAAAUAAUGUAGAAUGGAUCGGAAUUUACGUUUAUUCGUGACUGCACUUAUUUGGUAAUAAUAAGGGUUUUGUACAACAUCUACAAC